CCCGUCCAUCCCAUCCGCCAUUCGAUCCCAUCCCCGAGAUAGAUUCUGGUCUGGUCCAGUGUGUGUAAGCUUCUCCCUUCUUCUGAUCGUGUGUGUGUUAGAGAGCUUGGGUGGUUGCACGUACGAGGUACGUGCGUGUCGAUCGGGUGGUCGAUCAUGGCGAUGGCGCAGGGGCAGGGGCAGGGGGCGGCGACGUCGCUGCCGCCGGGGUUCCGGUUCCACCCGACGGACGAGGAGCUCAUCCUGCACUACCUUCGCAACCGCGCCGCCGCCGCGCCGUGCCCGGUCGCCAUCAUCGCCGACGUAGACAUCUACAAGUUCGAUCCAUGGGACCUCCCUUCCCAGGCGGUGUACGGCGACUGCGAGUGGUACUUCUUCAGCCCGCGGGAUCGCAAGUACCCCAACGGCAUCCGCCCCAACCGCGCCGCCGGCUCCGGCUACUGGAAGGCCACCGGCACCGACAAGCCCAUCCACGACCCCGCCACCGGCCAGGGCGUCGGCGUCAAGAAGGCGCUCGUCUUCUACAAGGGCCGCCCGCCCAAGGGCACCAAGACUGCCUGGAUCAUGCACGAGUACCGGCUCGCCGCCGACCCCCUCACCACCGCCGUCAACAUCUACAAGCCCAUCAAGUUCCGCAACGUCUCCAUGAGGUUGGAUGACUGGGUGCUAUGCCGGAUCUACAAGAAGACCGGCCUGGCGUCGCCGAUGGUGCCGCCGCUGUCCGACUACGACCACAUCGCCGACCACGACGACCUCUCCGGCGGCGGCAGCACCUUCGACGACGCCGCCUGCAGCUUCUACGCGCACUCCAGCAGCAGCAGCAGCGCCAGCAGAACCAUGAUCACGCAGCAGCCGCCGCACGCCGGGGGGCUCCCCACGAUCCCGUCCUUCUCCGAGCUCUUCGACGACUACUCGCUCGCGCAGAUCCUCGACGCCGAGGCCGAGCACGGCGCCACCCACCACCUCGCCGUCCACCCUUCCCUGAACAUGCUCCUCCCCGUCGGCGACAACGCGCACGGAGUACAGCCGUCGUACUACGCGCCGUCGUCGUCAUCGCCGGACGCCAGCGGCGGGAGCGCGGGGAAACGCAAGGCCGCGAGCCCGGAAGAGUCAUCGGCCAAGAGGCUUAACGGGUCGUGCUUCGACGCGCCGCCGCAGUCGGCGAACAGCUGGCAGGGGGCGGCGUCGGUGCUGGGCGGCCUCGGUCAUCAGAUGCUUCCUCAGUUCUAAGCUGUAAUUAAAUUUAACUUAAAUCGGUCGUGUAAGCGCGCGCGGCGACAUGAAACAAUCUUAGGCUUCAAAAAAGAAGCAUGAAACAAUCUUGUACUAGUACAUGCCAAUAGGCUAUCAAGAAUUCAAGAUAGAUAAUACUGUGGUGUAGAAUUAAUUAUUCUAUUAUUGAACAAGCAGACAUGUACACAA